AUCAAUAAUCCGAAUAUUUCCAUGGUCUUAGGAGAUUGGAAGAGAAUGAAGGAUGGAUUCAUUGACCACAGAUUUCGAUGGCUUUGAAGCCUCUAAAGUCGCCUCGUCUCCUGGGAUUUUAAUCAGCUCUGCUGACUCCAAUAAAAGCACCAUCUCCUUUCGCUUAGAUUUCUGAACCAGAAUUAAAAUACACAAAAAGAAGAACAGUUUCUGAUGCAACUAGACAACCCAUGAACGUCUCUCACUAUUUGGGGUGCUAUUUAUAUUGUUUCUACGCCAGCCCAGUUGCUGAUUUUAGUGGUUUUCAAUUUCUUAGAGCACCCAGACGCUGUUUUGGCCUUUUGGGUCUGUUCUUUGCUUUAUAAUUGUACGACUAGCAGAUUAGUUUCAGUAAAGAUUUAUUUCCUUUUACAUACUUCUGCUUUGAUUUGUAAUAUUUGUAGAGGAUUUAUAUCAACAUUCCGGCGGAUUUUCUUUUUCAUUUUGGGUAUCAGAUGUCGAAUUUAUGAUUUUGGUCGAUAAUUUAGCUUCUAUUUUCUAUUGUAACCUCAAGUUUCGGAAGUUUUCUUAAACAACCGGCUAGGUUCUGAUUUUUGUGCGGACCCAACUUUAAAAUUUCAGUUGAGUGGAUUCUGAUUUUUCACACUUGACGGAAUGCCCAGUUAUCAUGAUCGUGCAUUUCAUCCAUCCUCUUCAUUGAAUACUCGAAUCCUUUGGAGAAGACCCAAUUGAAGAUCUUCGGUGUUUUUUUUUUUUCGAAAGCUGUAACAUCUUCAGAGAUGUCUGGGUUGCAUGAUCAGAUAGAGAUCAAGUUCCGUUUGACGGACGGGUCAGAUAUUGGCCCCAAAAGUUAUCCUGCUGUUACUAGUGUUGCCACCUUGAAGGAAAGCGUAAUUGCUCAGUGGCCUAAAGCAGAGAAGGAGAAUGGUCCGAAGACUGUGAAAGAUCUGAAGAUAAUAAGUGCAGGAAAGAUAUUGGAGAACAACAGAACACUGAGAGAAUGCAAGAGUCCAAUAUAUGGCCUCCCAGGGGGAGUUAUAACCAUGCACGUUAUUGUUCAACAUCGUUCAGACAGAAUUUCAGAAAAGAAAGUAUCAGACCUUGAAAAACAGAACAAGUGUGGUUGUGUUAUUCUAUAAGUUGCAGUUUCAGAUGGUGGAAGGGAACCUCAAAGUCACAGGCAGAGCCGAGUGCUGGAGCUGGUAUAAAUAUCGAAGUUGGUAACCAUCAUGGAAAUCUUGGCAGCUGACGUGAAGUACAUCUGAUCAAAGCUCAUUUUACUAUGGGCCCAUGCGUUCUCUUUAAGGCUGUUGCCUUCCUGUAAAUUUUUAAUACAUGUAAUUUCUUGGAGCCCAUUCGACUCUACAAUUUAUAAUUCAUAUCCCAGGCUUUCUGUUUACCUUA